GGAGUCCUGGCCCGUCCUUGGCAUCAUACGCACUCACUUUGUCUCUGCUACAAUGGGCAAGGGAAACCGAAGCAACGCGUAUCUUUGGGCCACCCUCCAACCAUGUUUCACAUCUCUCUACAUCGCCUUCUUGCUGCACCACGUGACCAGCACGGUCGGCAGCAACUCUCCGUUUCCUUACAUACCAGAGGACGAAAUUAACCUUGACUGUGGCACCUCCGGCAAUUCGACCGCACUAGAUGGUCGGACCUGGAUUGGAGACGAGAAUUCUAUAUUCUUCCCAGUUGAACAUCUUCAAAACAAUGCAUCUCUAACUGCAAGCGUUGUGCAGCAAUCCUCCUCUGCUACCCGAGUACCCUAUACAACAGCCCGCUUAUCUCUCUCCCCAUUCAGCUAUAUAUUCUCAUCACUCACUGCAAGCCAAAAAUUCGUUCGACUAUACUUCUACCCAGCUACUUACGGCACCUUUGAUCGCUCUAAAGCCCGAUUUUCUGUCAAAGCUGGACCUUUUACUCUUCUUCGCAAUUUUAAUGCUGCGCUUAUGGCAGACCCUGAUUAUGAUUCCGGCCAUGACACCAUAUUUAGAGAGUUCUGUGUCAACAUCGAGGAAGGUCAGAGGCUGAACAUAACCUUAACUCCAAGCGAUUCCAAUUCAUUUGCUUUUGUCAACGGAAUUGAAAUCUUGUCGAUGCCUACUUAUCUCUAUUACACUCCGUCUGAUGAUCAAGGGCUCCCUUUUAUCGGCCAAGAGAAGCUGUACCGAGUCGUUAAUGGAACUGCUCUCAUGAUGCUAUACAGAAUAAAUGUUGGAGGGAGCUUCAUCUCACCCGCCGGAGAUACAGGAAUGUUCCGUAGCUGGAAUUCGGACUACAAGUACUUGACAGAAGAUUUAACAUCUGAGCUACCAGUUAACAACACUAUUGAACUAAACUUCAGCCAAAUACAUCCGUACACUGCACCGGAAGAAGUCUAUAGAACUGCCCGCACUAUGGGGAUUAACCGAUCCUCGAAUAAGUUAUACAAUCUCACUUGGCAACUUCCCGUGGAUUCUCAGUUUGAUUACCUUGUUAGGUUACACUUCUGCGAGUUUCAACCAGAGUUUAAAGCGGUGGGCGACCGACGAUUCCUCAUUUUCAAUGCGAAUCAAACCGCUGAGAGGGCAGCCGACGUGAUAAGAUGGAGCGGUGGGAGUGGGGUUCCCGUAUAUAGGGACUACGCUGUGUCGAUGUUUGGCUUAGAAAGCCAGAAAAGAGUGAACCUCUCUAUCGCCAUAGCUGCAAAUCCACUUGACUGGGAAACUAAAUACAGUGAUGCAAUCUUGAACGGUAUCGAAAUCUUCAAAGUCAACGACACCAAUGGAAAUCUCGCCGGACCCAACCCCAACACACUUCCGCCGACCCUUCCAACGGCAACAAAGUCAAAUAACAAUAGAAUAAAAAUAACGGCCAUCGUCGGUGGCGGAAUUUCCGGCAUUAUUGUUCUGUUGAUUCUCGGAUUCUUGAUUCUCCGGCGAGCCAAGACCAGUUGGCGUUGGCGGCGUCCAUUAUCUUUCCAAACUUCCAAGUCAACAAAGACUCACGGAUCAUCGCUACCGUAUUUGUGCCGUAACUUCUCAUUGGCUGAGAUUAAAGCAGCCACCAAAAACUUUGACCAAAAUUCCAUUAUUGGUGUUGGUGGGUUCGGUGACGUGUAUAAAGGGUACAUACACGUUGAUGGUGAGGCCACCCAUGUUGCGAUCAAACGGUUGAAACCCGGUUCUCAACAAGGGGUCCAAGAGUUCAGAACAGAAAUUGAGAUACUAUCACAGCUCCGCCACCACCAUCUCGUUUCUCUAAUAGGAUAUUGCAAUGAUGGCAACGAGAUGAUCCUUGUGUAUGAUUUUAUGCCUGGUGGGACUCUUUGUAGUCAUCUCUACGACACUGAUAUGAGUCAUAAGACCCCUCUUCCGUGGAAUCAACGCCUCCAAAUCUGUCUCGGUGCGGCACGUGCGUUAAACUACUUGCAUAUAGGUGCGAAGCACCCCAUCAUUCAUCGUGAUGUGAAGAGCGCAAACAUUUUAUUGGACGAGAAAUGGACAGCCAAGGUGUCCGAUUUUGGAUUGUCAAAAUUUGGUUCUACUAGCACGUCCAAGGCCCAUGUUAGCACAGCGGUUAAGGGUAGUUUUGGGUAUUUGGAUCCGGAAUAUUAUCGACGCCGACAAUUAACAGAGAAGUCUGAUGUGUACUCUUUUGGUGUGGUGUUGUUUGAAGUGUUGUGUGCAAGGCCACCCAUCAUGCAAACAGUAGAGCACGAGGAGAUGAGUCUAGCAGAGUGGGCCCCGAAAUGUUAUCGCAAUGGGAAGCUUGAUCAGAUUGUUGAUCCAUUAUUGAAGGCUGAAAUUGAACCAGAGUGUUUGAAGAAAUUUGGCGAGAUUGCGGUGAGUUGUUUGCAUGACAAUGGAACCGAACGGCCAUCAAUGAAUGAUGUGGUUUGGGGUCUUGAGCUCGCAUUGCAGUUGCAAGGGAGUGCAGAAAAAGCUAUCUUCCAUGGGGAGCAAAGUUUUGCUAGUAAGGAAUAUCAGGAUGGAUUGAUGUCGAUGUUUUCUGAGAUUAUGAAUCCUGAUGGUCGAUGAAAGAUAUGCUAGCUAGCUGAAUUUUGAAAGUUUUAUUUAUGUGUCUGUGCGCUAGAUAGUAUUGUU